GGUGCCCAAAUUCCACACCUUUCCAUCUCUUUUUUCUUCUUUCCCAUUUUCCUCUGCCAUCUAUGGAAUCAUUUCUUUCUUCUCAUAAUGUAUGAUAUCUGUCUUUUACUCUUUGCAGUUGCAGAUGCUCUUCCCCUCAACAUAAAAGGAAAAAGCUAAAGCUGCUCUUUCCUGAAUUCGUCUUUCUCUUCUUUAUUUAAAAUUUUUGUUCGUCUUGAUUUUGAUGGGUAUUUGAAACUUGUUUUCUUUUGCUCUCUGUAAUGGCAAUUGAAGUUUGCUCUCCUCCUCGAAUCUCCUUUUCUCAUGAUCUCAACCAAACUGAGGAAAAUCUUCAUCACCGGAGAUUAGACUCGUCGCUCUUGGAUUCUAGUUCCGAUUUCAAUUUCUGCAUUGGAAAUGGCUUCCUACCGGAGUUGUCCUCCGCCGAUGAGCUCUUCUCCGAUGGCAAGAUCCUCCCCGUCCAAAUCAAGAAACCAUUCGUCCCCAUCAGACAGACCCAUCAUUCCAAUCCUGAAUUAAUCCCUUCCCCAGCUCCUCCCCCUCAGACCCAGGAUAAAGCAGAGAAGAAGAGAUUGAAAGAAUUCUUAUCAAUGAGUAUCGACGCCGAUGAUACUCCGCCGGCCAAAUCAUUCUGGCAAUUCAAGAGAAGCAGCAGCCUAAACUGCGACAGCAAUCGAAGCAAAGGCCUAAUCCGAUCAUUGCAAUUUCUCUCUCGAAGCAAUUCUACUGGUUCCACUCUUAGUCCAAAACCAACGCCGGUUUCAAAGGAAACUCCGAAACAGAGUCUGCAGAAGCAACCGUCUCUUUCAAGAAAACCAUCCGUUUCAAGUUCUAGUACUGCAUACCAUCCUUACAGUAAUUCAACGCAGAAGCAUCCAUUGAAGUAUGGUAAUGGAGUUCGAGUUAGUCCUGUUCUAAAUCUUCCACAUCCGUUCAUAUCCAAUGCGACUGUGAGUUUUUCCCGAUUCGGUUCAAUUUUCUGCAGUGGUAAGGUUAAAAAGAAGAAAAAAUGAUGGAUUAUUUUUGAAUUUCAGGUUCAGUUCAUAAUUGAACUUUGAAUCGUCAAGGGCAGUGGGGUUUAGCUGUACAAGAAUUUGAUGCAUGAAUUAGCAUGUGAUUAAUGUCGGUAUUAAGUACGGUUGGUUUGUAGAUUCCCAAACAUUUGCAUAAGAAAAAAAAAUGAAAGAUGGUAAAUCCAAGUCAUUUUUGCUUUUCCUUUUUUUUUUAAUCUAUUAUUAAUUUAAUGGUAAAUUUUUUUAUUUUUU